AUGGAUAAACCUAAAUAUUCAUUAGUUCUGUCUGAUGAAGAAUUUUGUGGUGAUUCUGAUGACUUGAAUUCUGAGACUGACCUGAUAAACUCUUCAUGUGAUAAUUUAGCUACUGAUGAUACAUUAUAUGUAAAUGAAAGUGGAAGAUUACUAUUUAGAGCUAAAAUUGCUUUACCACAGAAAUAUCAUGGUGAUAAAACAAGUUCUAGUGAAUUUUACAAAGCAAAAGAUUUGAAAGAAAUUGAUGAAAUAUAUAAUCACUAUGAUAAUCAUUUAAUCAAUACAGAAGAUAAUACUAGCAAAAUAGAUGGCUCUCAAAAUUUCAAAUUAAGUGAUGAAAUAUGUAGAAAAUUUGAAGCUUUAAGUAAGGAAGCUAGUGAAUUCUCACUUGUUGAUAAGGAUAGUGUUAAAGAAAAGCUACAAAGUACAAUAGAGAAAGGUAAACAUGUGAAAAAUCAGCAAUUCAUUUGGACACAACUUUUAGGUUUACGUAUAUUUAUGCAGAAUAUUCUUAAUGCAACUAAUCAACUUCCUCCAUUUCCAAUACUAUCAUAUAUUAAUGGAGAUCGAGAUCUAUUAACCGAAACAUAUAGAGACUUGGUAAAUCUACUAGUAGAUAUACAUAAGUUGCAGGAGUCAAUGUGUAAUUCAAAUAGUACAAUAUUAGAUUUUUUAUUAUGUGGAACUCUAAAUGAAAAUGAAUUAUGGUUAGAUGAUGAUUUAUUAUCAAAUAAAUCUGGUGAAGAACCAGAGUUAAAUAUUAAUAAGAAUAAGAGAGAAAGAUAUGAUGAUGGAUUUUGGAGGAAGUAUGAUGUACUUCCUAGAAAAACUUUAAAAUGGUGUUUAGAUAUUGCUGAUGAAUGGAAAAAAAGUACUCAGAUAGAGGUUCAAAGGAAUUUUAGAGCUCUUGAUCAGCCUAUAUCUGUCCAGUUACGUCACAACUUAACUGAUAAAAAUCGCCUUAUUCAGAAAUGUCAUCCAAAUCUAUCUACAGCAAAUUUUAUAGGAUCUGAUAUCAUAAGGAAUGGGAAUUUUAGUAAUAUUUUAGAAACUUUAGUACAAGAUAUAUUUGAUGAUACGGACUUUUUUGUAACACUAUUAAAGGAUGUUGUUUCUAACAAGACAGAUAUGAAUAUGAAAAAUUCACUAAAUAUAUCUUCAAUUUAUAAUAGGGGGACAAGAAAAGUUAAUGAUGUUGAUAGGAGAGCAUCAAAAGGACGUAAAAUCCGUUAUGUACCUAUUAAAAAGCUAGAGAAUUUUAUGACAGCCAUACCUAUCAAUCCCAACAUUAGCUAUUUACCAGGUGCAAAUGAUGAAGAAUUUGUGAAUUGUUUAAUGAGUGGACUUUUAGUUUCUUAG